UUUCAGGAAGUUCGAUAAGAUUCUUCAGCAUGUACUGCCAACGACUUUCAAUUCCUGUAGCUCGUAUAUCAAUGUUACCAAUGUUAUUUCGCUCGAAUAACGGAGCAUUAGUUCGUAAUUUACAAACAUCAUCAGUGCAGCGUGACAUUGAUAGUGCAGCGAAGUAUGUUGGAGCUGGUGCUGCAACAGUUGGUGUAGCUGGCUCCGGUGCUGGUAUCGGCAAUGUUUUCGGUUCUCUCGUCAUCGGUUACGCUCGAAAUCCAUCCGCGAAAAAUCAAUUAUUUUCCUAUGCAAUCCUUGGUUUUGCUCUUUCUGAGGCCAUGGGCCUUUUUUGCCUUUGUAUGGGUUUCUGUAUUUUGUUUGCAUUUUAAAAUUUACACCCGCUGUUGUUGUGGGGAUUAUCUGCUUAGAUUUAAUAGGAAAAUGGUUUUGACGAUUGCAAAAAAUUAGCCUCUUAAAUUAGAAAAAAUAUGCAUGCCUACCACGUUUAUUCCUCGAUGUUUUGUUAAAUUUCAUGUCAUUGGUAGAUGUAUCAUACUAUUCACUCUGUGAAUAUUUAUAAAGCUAGGUUUCUCAAUGUUCGAAGAAAUGCAUGUCUACCAUUUUAAUUCGGACAUAUUUUG